AUGGCCAUGCUGGUGCCAGCAGGGGACGGGGCUGUGGCACUGGUGGCACUGGAGGCAGUGGCACUGGUGGUGGAGGUGGCAGUGCUGACAGUGGCUGUGGUGACAAUGGUGACAAUGGUGACAAUGGUGACAGUGGUGACAGUGGUGACAAUGGUGGCAUUGGUGACAGCAGUGACUGCUGAUAGCUGUGACAGCAGUGGCAAUGGUGACAGCGGUGGCAGCGGUGGCAGUGGUGGCAGUGGUGACAGUGGUGGCAGCAGCGACAAUGGUGACAGCAGUGGCAGCAGUAGCAGCAGUGACAGUGAUGACAGCGGUGACAAUGACAGCGGUGGCAGCGGUGACAAUGACAGCGGUGGCAGCAGUGAUAGUGGCAGUGGAGGCAGUGGUGAUGGUGGCAGUGGUGACAGCGGUGGCAGUGAUGGCAGCAGUGACAAUGACAGCGGUGGCAGUGGUGACAGUGGCAGUGGUGAUGGUGGCAGUGGUGACAGCGGUGGCAGCGGUGACAAUGACAGCGGUGGCAGUGGCCGCGCAUGCCGCCACAUCUACAGCAGAGGGCAAUCACGCGAAGGCAAAGCCGCUCCUCGGUGGGAGCCGGGACACGAGUGA